AUGCAGUUAAUUUUGUUAUUAUUUUGCUUCAUCGUAUCGUGUUAUUGUGCUGUCGAAUUCAGUGAUCGACCCCGGAACUUUAGCAUAGAGUUACUGCAUUAUACACAGUUGGAAACAGAUGGACAUGUGGUCAUUUCGCCUUUCGGAAUAUGGACUCUUAUGGCAGGUGUCGCCCUGGGAGCAACAGGAAACAGCUACAAACAGUUAGCACAUACAUUUCUACUGCCCAGAGACAGGAAUGCACUCGUCAAAGGAUACAGGGACCUGACCUCGACUGUUUUGAACCCAACAACCCAAGGAGUAACCUUAUUAAGUACAAACUUUGUAUUUCUAGACGAUAGCUUCAAAAUAUUUCCAGAAUUUAACAGGAUACUACAGAUAGAUUUUAAGGCUACCAUCGAUGUUCUAGACUUUCAAAAUCCAAACUCAGCUGAAAAAGCCAACAGUAAAAUCCAAAGAAUAACUGGUAAUAUCAAGAACGUACUACGUGCCAACGACUUCGCCGAGUCAAGAAUGAUACUCGUUAAUGUAAUUUCGUUCAAAGGCUCUUGGGCAAUGCCAUUCAAUAAAUCGAAUACAAAAGAAGAAUUGUUUUACGACGAAGCAAAUAAACCUAUAGGCCGUGUAAACAUGAUGUCUCAAAAAUCAGCUCUUGCAUUUUCAAACAUAAGGGAGAUGAAAUGUUUUGCUUUAGAACUACCUUAUGGUAACGACAAAAAAUAUUCUAUGCUAUUCCUACUGCCUUAUCGUGGGGUAAAAAUUAAUGAAGCGUACCAGAACUUCGCUAAUGUCACCUUUAAAGACAUUUUUGAACAACUCGAAUAUGACGUGGAAAAAUUCGGAGAUGAGGAAAUAGACGUGAAGAUACCAAGGUUCCACAUCACAACGAAUGUUGUUUUGAACAAACCUUUGAAUGACAUGGGUGUGUUUGAUAUAUUUGAACCUGAUAGAGCACGGUUCGAUAAAAUAACCAAUGAAGAUAUAUUCAUAUCGGGAAUCGUGCACAAGGCUGACAUCGAGGUAACGGAGGUGGGAACAGUUGCGAGUGCGUCUACAGAGGCAUAUUUAAUUAACAAAAUAUCUCCACCUUCUUUUUAUGCCAAUAGACCUUUCAUGUAUUUUCUGAUGGAAAAAACGACAAUGACGAUGCUUUUUGGAGGUAUAUACUCUAAGCCGACAUUAUUUUAA